ACGCCGGUUCAGAGGCACACCGUCCCGCUGGCGCUCGCGGGCAGGGACGUCAUCGCGAGCGCGGCGACCGGCAGCGGUAAGACGGCGGCGUAUCUGAUACCGGCGCUCGCCGAGAUGCUCGCAAACGAAAAAGACGACACAGCUUCCACCCCGGCUCGGCCGCGGUGCGUGGUUCUCGUCCCCACCCGCGAGCUCGCGCACCAGGUGACGCUGCAAGCCAAACGCCUGUGCUUUAAAACGGGGUUGAAAGUCGCGACGCUGCACGGCGGGCAGUCGGUGAAGCCGCAGCUGGAGCAGCUCGCGCAGGGACCGGACGUGGUGGUCGCCACCCCCGGGCGGUUGCUCACGUGCGCCAAGGACGAGCCGUACCUGGACAUGUCGAACGUGCGAACGCUGGUGGUGGACGAGGCGGACCAGAUGCUGGACAUGGGCUUCGAGCCGCAGGUUCGGGAGAUUUUAAUCGGCGGGUGCGGAACGCCGCCGCCGAGGCAGAGUCUGCUGUUCAGCGCGACGUUCCCGCCGAACGUCCAGGCGCUCGCCGCGCGGUUGGUCAUGUCGCCCGGACUCGGUUCCGGAUUGUACGGAAACAUCGGCGGCGCCGCCGCCGCCAACAUCACCCAGCACCUUCUCCUCGCCGAUCACCUUCGGGAGCGGAAGAUGGAGCUGCUCGUCGCGGUGCUCAGGUCGCGUCCGCUCGAGCGGCGGACUCUGGUCUUCGUCGCCGCCAAGGCGGACGCCAAGUGGAGUUCGGCUAUUCCGGAUCCGACGCUCUUCUCCGCGGACGAGCUCCACGGCGACUGCUCGCAAGGCGCGAGGACCAGGGCUCUGGACGCUUUUGCCACCGGCGCCGUCCGCGUUCUCGUCGCCACCGACGUCGCGUCCCGCGGCCUGGACCUUCCCGACGUCACGCACGUCGUCAACUUUGACUUGCCGACCGAUUCGCGCGAUUUCGACGCGUACGUGCACCGCAUAGGCCGCACGGCGAGGGCGGGGAAAGGCGGAACUUCGACGAGU